CCAAGCACAAAUCUAGUUUAAAGUAAUCAUAAACAUUAGCACGACUUAAACAAAUAAAGAUUUCAAUAUGAAGAACCAGCAAGUAAGUGUCGACUACUGGGCUAUGGGUAAAGCGAUGUUAUUAUAUGGCGUCCUAACUGUAAUGCUUUGGUUGAUGCUGAGGCUGUUCAACACGGUAUUUAUGCUGCCAAGAAGAUUAAGGGCACAGCAGGAGAACAUACAACACACGUUGCAGGAACUUCAGAAGCGUUUCCCAGACUUGAAUAUAACAGAAGAAGACUUGAAAAAUGCAGAAAAAGAUCUCGAAGAAUACAUGAAAGAAGAAGAGGAGAAAGCGAAAGAAAAUUCAGAAAACAAAACUGAGGAUGUACCGCAAAUAGAGGAAGACAAGAAAACUAUAUAACGACUAUUUAAUAUAUUUAAAAAU